ACUAAUGAUGUUAGAGCACCAACACACAUCAAUUGACCAAGAAUUGUUGUCAGAGUCUCCAAAGUCAUGUGUGAUACUGAGGACAACCUAUAGAUUAAACUGAAACGAAAGUACAUCAAAAUAUUUGAUAGUAAUAAGUAAAAUAUUAUUAUGGUGACGACAAUAGUCCUUUCAAACUUAAAUCUUUUGAUAUUCUGAGUUGUCCAAUCAAAGUUAGGGAACAUACUCAAGUAGUAACCUACUUUGUGGAAGUUUGAAAGCAUUUUGUUCAAUAAUGGGUUCCCCAAAUUAGUUAAUAUGUUUACAAUGUAUUAACGAAAGUAUCCAAUAACAAUAAUUUAUUAAUUUAGAAAUUGGACAAACAUAUAUGGUGACUUUUAAUAGUAUCAACUAAUUUUGAUGACCUUAACCUAAGUCUUACCUUAAGUCUUACUUAUUUUAAACCACGUUGUUUCGUUAUCGACUUACCUCGUACCAAUAUUUAUUAAAAUGCCUUUCGAAUUCCAAAAAUAUUUAUACUAAAUCGUCGUUAAAAUAUUUCUUUCACAAGGUUAGUUGCCAUGGAUCUCAAAAUUGUAUUACUUUCGUUUUAUUUUUUACACUCAACAAUUGGUUAUGGUUGUGGUAAGACGGACUCAUCAAGAUACCAAAGGCCGCACAACCGGAUAGUUUCGGGCUACGACAUCGGCUUCCACAAGUACCCGUGGUACGCAGCCCUCAUCGACAAAUGGGGGGUGUCCUGUGGUGGUGCUCUGAUCGGCCCCAAGACCGUCAUCACCGCAGCCCAUUGCUUCAAGGAUGACAUGAAGAAAGCCGAGAUGGGCUUAAUAAAGCUGGAGUCGCUGUACACCGUCAAACUGGGAGUCUAUAACAAUUGCAAAACGGAGGACACGGUGAGAAGCUUCAAAGUUGCCCGGGUGAAAAUCCACGAGUUGUACCAAAAACACGACCCCUACUACGACGUUUGUUUGCUGACUUUGGAUGGGGACGCCAAAGAGUUUACACCCCUGUGUCUACCUCCGAAAGCCAUAAAAAAUAAGCCGAAGGAAGGCGUCGUUCCUGGCCUGGGUACGGUACGUUUCAAAGGAGUUGAACCCUGCACCUUGAAGGAAGCGAGGCUUUUAAUAUAUCCGGAUGCUGAAUGUAAGAAGAUGUUGAACAGAGAAGAAGGUACUGGAAACAAUCUGGACAAAGCCUUUUGUGCAGGGUACUUGCAAGGUGGUAUAGAUACUUGUCAAGGAGACAGUGGAGGACCUUUACAAGUUAUUAAUGGACAUGGAGAUUAUAUGUUGCUUGGUAUUGUCUCUUAUGGAUACAAAUGUGCCCUUCCAAAUACAUUAGGAGUUUACACAGAUGUUUCUAAGUACUUAAGAUGGAUAAAGGAGAAUUCAGGAUUGUCUGCAAAAAUUGUCAAUAAUAUUUAUAAAGGACCAAAGCCUUUAAGGCCACAUCAUAAACCUCAGAAAAUUGUUAUCUAUGGCUAGACUUUAGUUUUUUGUUUGAAACCUGUUAUAAAUAUAAUAAUUAUUAUA